AUGAACGAACGAAAGGCGGUGUUCAAGGCCGAGUUCAAAAGCGAACUGGGCCCACUGCAUCAUAUCGACAAGGAUGACGAGUUCUGUAGUCGGCUAAAGAAGAAGACCCGGGUAUACUGUAACAACAGCAGUGAUCGUAUGUUGGGAGUAUGGUUGAUAUACUUUGUGGUAUCUAUUGCACUAUGUAUGAACGUGUAUGUGCUGUUGAAUCGGGUGGAUACGAUAUUCUAUCUUCGACUGUAUCAGUUGGUAUGUUGCGGUAGGGUUGGGGUGUGGAAAGGAAAGUUAUGGUACUAUGGGGGUACUGUAGGAGAAUUUUGUAGUAGGGUAAGGUUGGGCAGGGUAAGGUGGGGUAUGGGUGUUGGCGGGCGUAGUUAUUUUAGCUAAAUUUUCAAAAUUUAAAAUUUUUUUUUAAAUUUUAAGAAUUUUUCAAUGCCAUUCUUUAUAGGUGGUAUCGGUGAUAAUGCUCAUAACAACCAUAGUAAUGGCCGAAUUCAUGUGGUUUGCCAGGUGCAAUGUGGCAAAAUUGUACCGUCCGCAUACCGUACCACGCCCAAUGUUGUUCAGUGGCUUAAUGCUUACUGUAGGCAUUGUACUGGGCUACGCUUACUUCGUGGUCUUCAACCUGACUUUUCAGGUAAGUCUUACUGUAACUUUUAUAAAAUUUAGUUUUAUUUUACCUUGGGUUAGCUUGAGUUUGCCUAGCUCAGAGCGUUAGCCCAGAGCCCUAGCCCAGAGUUCUAUCCCGCAACUUUAGCCCAAAGCCAUAGACUAGCCCCUAGCCCUAUUCUUAACAAGGAAUGAAAAACUAGCCGGGCCCACUUUUCAAGCUUAGCUCGUUUUCAUUUUUACCUCAGGCCGGCCGGGUCGAUUUUUUUACGUGCAGACGGGCCUGGCUUUUCGGAUCUUGAUUUUUCAGCCCGGCCCGUCUUAAAUUUAGCUCAAGGCCGGUUCUUUUCUCACCCCUACCCCUACCUUACCUCUGUCCUUAUCCAAUAUUACCUCUACUCCUACUCAUAUCCUCAAUUCAGGACUGUGACGAGCUGGUAGACGCUCACGAUCCUCAAGAAGUUUGGUUGGAGAUCAUAUACGAUGUGACUAUGAUCUGGUUUUGCAUUCUCAGCUUUGUCUACCUAAUGCAACGAUCUUAUUACGGAACAUUAAACCAGAAAAUGGAUCAGUUACGACGUUUAUGGAUCAACGCUGCCGUUUACAUUGUAUGGUUACAGGUGGUGGUCAACAAAGGGUACUUGAGCCAUCAGGUGGGCCUACUACAAUAUAUUUUGAGGUUUUGAAAAAAAAAUACAAAUUUAUUUGAUUUUUUAUUUUAAAAUUGAUUUUUUAGAUAAGUUGGCUGUAAAAAUUACUUUAUUUGAAAAAAAAAUAAAAAAAAGCGUUUUAUUGUUUUCGUUGUGGGACCUACAUUGACGUGUUUUGUCAAUUUACUGUUUAAAUGUGAUACAAGUUGUCAAAAAUAGUUUAAAAUAGCAUAUUUUAUUUAUUUGUAUUUACAAAAAAUAAAAAGAAUUUAUUUAUGAACAAAAAUGUAUUUUCGUUUUGGGACCUAAGUCACUAUGACGUUUUUAGAUGAAAUUUUUUUAAAAACAAUAUUUUUGGUAUUAAUAAUUCCAUAAAAUAUUAUAUUCAUUUCAAAAAAUUUAAAAAACUCAAAUAAACGUUUUUUAGACUAAAAUAAGUUUUUCGUUGUGGGACCCAAAUCACUAUGAGGUGUUUGCCUGUUUUUUCGUCAAAACUCUACUAAACUGACAAAAUAUAAUUUAAAAAUGAUAUUGUUUCACAUUUUCAAACUUGCUCGAUUUUUACCACAAGAUUUCAGACGUUAUGCCAACGAAAAGAGCUGAACGGUUCAAUGUGGUGUCCAGGCGUUCAACGUCAAUAUGUUUGUAACACCUCUCAGUUGGCUGGUACUCGUCAAGUAUGGUACUACUUGAACAAAGGGCUGUUGAGCUCGGCUGUUACAGCAUGUGCUUCUGAAUUCUUCCCAGUGGUAUUGGUGGCACAUUGGCUAGUUUGUGGCGGCGCUGAGGAACGGGCGGAGGAUUUGAUUCGACGCCAGAGGGUAAAUUUUUCCUUAAAUUUUUAUUUUUUUGUCAGAGAAAUAAAGCUGUGCGUAUUUUACAAAAAAUUAAAGCAUUUUAAAGUACUUAUUACUGUACUUUCAGCAAAAAAAGAGCGUCCGCCGGGUACUACAACGCUUCAUAACAGACAUAUCUCGAGUCGUGGGCGGCCGAACCAAGAAACUUCCAAUGCCACCCCUAUUUACAUCGCCAUUACUUCAAAGUUUGCUGAUAGUAGCGGCGUGGAUAUCCGGUAUAUUUGUUGUGAUACAAUGGUUUGUCCGGUUUUACUACACUAUAUUGUUUGACACUCUGCAUUCACAAGGUUGGAUGGUCGAUUACUAUGUCCAAGUGGGGGUUGGGAUCAUUCAGGUUAUUUUUCAUGCUAUGGUAAGUAUUUGGAUAUUUAUAUGAUUUGAAACGUGUUUUUGGGAAAAAAUUCAAAUUUUGAUUUUACCGCCAAAUUUGGCAUUCUGUUGCAAGGGUGUUUUAUGGCUUUCUAUAGGUUUUAAGCUAAAAAUUAACAUUUUCUUUUUGUUUUUGGUCGUUUUAAAGCGCUUUUUUGCAACAUAAAUUCAAAUUUCAAUUUUUCCGCCAAUUUUGGCGUUCUGUUACAACUAGCUUUUUAGACUUUUUAUGAUUAAUAAAGCAAAAAUUUGUCAUUUCUAGAUACGAAAAUGUUUAAAAAAAUCUUGAAAUUUUGAAUUAAGGUCAAUAAAAUAUGACAUUUAGGUAUUUCACUGGGCGGCCAAAGUGGAAGAACGUCGCUUCGACGCCUAUCACAAGGCUGAAGCUCGAGGCGAUGUUGUCCUAAUACUCGGAUGUUGCAUCUUAUUGACUAUCAAGUUUGUUCUACAAGUUGUGGAGAUGGAUUACCAGAAAAACGACGGAUUUUUAAUGAAAACUGGCUUCAUUAUGAAGGUUUUUGGGCUUCUAACCACUACUGUGAGUCAUUUUUGCUUAUUAUAAGCUUUCAUCAGGCUUUAUGUUAAACAAAAAUGAUCUUCUUUAACAUUUUUGCGAUAUUUUUAUUGUUUUUAUCACCUAAAAAUUAAAAAAAAUAAAUAGAAAAGGUGAAAAAGUGCUCUUGACGAGAGUGGGAUUCGAACCCACGCCUCCGGGGAGACUGGUGCCUAAAACCAGCGCCUUAGACCACUCGGCCAUCUCGCCACGGUGAGCCCUUUUGUAUAAAAUAGGGAUCGCCUUAGGGCAAAAUAGGUUUAAAAUGAUUUUAAAAUUGAAUUUCAGCUUAAAAUUUUGAAAUUUAAAAAUUUUCAAAAAUUCUUCAAAUUUCAAAAAUUUUAAAAAAUUAAAAAAAACGUGUUUCAGGGCUCCCAAUGGCUCCAAUUCAUGUCAUUGCGACGUAUUUUGGCGUUGAGUAAUCGUGACAUUCGGUCGAGUCGGCGGUUUUUGCCAAGUAUUGCCAUAGCCUCUUUUAUGGCCAAUGUUGUCAACUUUGGCCUAACCUACUUCGAGACCACCAUCAUCAAGUAUCAGAUUGGGCAUGAGAAGGAGUUUGGUUUUAGUGCGGUGACAUUGAUGAGUAUGAUUGUUACUCAAAUCAUCUACCCGGCCGAUUACUUGUACGCUUUUACUGUGGCUGGAUGUUGGAUGGACCUGAUCUAUAGGUAGGUAUUACUGUAAGGUGGUAGGGAAGGUAGGGUAGGGUGGUGUAUUUAAAGUUUUUUACUUAUAAAUGUUUUAGGUACACCAGAAUAGGCUAUUUCCAACUAGGCCCCCCUCAUCUUGAUCAACAGCUAGAGUUCGACCUGUUCGAAGAUCGUCGAAACUCGUUAAAAGUACCGAGAAAAGCCUCCAAGUACCGUCAUUCAAUGCCCGACAUCGGAAUUAAUGGCUGUGAUAGUGCGUAG